AGACCAUGUGAUCGCAACAAACACGGAAACUUUUCUCAAAUCUUUUAUUUUCCAAGCAAUUGGAUUCUUUAUUCGUGUAAAAAGUGUAUUCAGUGGAAGAAACUAAACUCUCACACCAAAAAACCCAUCAAUUUUCCCAAAACCAUCAAGUUUUUGCAUUGUUUUCUGGGACAAUAUUGUUGAAAAACCUCGCCAAAAGAUGAGUAUUCGUAAAAAAACUGCGAGUAAAAAGGAUGUGAAAGCCGUCAAGCGACAGCAAGAAGUGUACAACAAACGUGCUAGCAAACGCUUCAAGAAAUCCAUGGCUGUGUCUACGCCCGUGAAAACCAAUGAACGUUCAUCCGGUAAAAAGAUCGAUCAGCCGAAGAAGGUCUAUAACACCAGAUUGCGAUGUCGCAUGAAAGAAGAAAUGAAGCUGACAGACGUCAAUGUGGAUUGUCUGGAGAAUAUUUUCAAGCGUAUGCGUUUCACAGAUCUGUUGAGCGUCGCAGAAUCGAACAAGCAGCUGAAACCAGGGGCAGAUCUGGCAUUCAAAAGUCGAUACGGCAGACGAUCGAUCGAAAUCGAUUUGGAAAGCAAAUCGAUAUACUUUUACAAUAUGAAGGGUAGGCGUACAACAAAAAUUCGUUGGUCGCUUCGCUUCAAGUUGUUACGCUGCUUUGGACACUUGAUGUCAAAAUUGAAGAUUGCUUAUGUACGGUCACGUGAUCCAUCACCAGAGGAUUCAAAACGUGCCGCACACAUCGAUCGUUAUAUCAACAAAUACUGUGCCAAGUCAAUGAUGGAAAUCAAAUUCGAGCAUUGCGAAGCACGCACACUGCAAGAUCUGAAGAAGCCAUUCGCAGCAGUUGAAUCGGUGCGUUUUGUUGGCUGCGAAUUGGGAAGCAAAUGGUCUGAGCUCAGUAAAUGGUUUCCGAAGGUUCGGUAUUUGGAUUUUUCAUGUGAAAAUGAGCUGUCAAAUCGUAAAAAGGCGGCUCAUUUUCCCGAUUUGCAAGAGUUGAAUCUGUACAUUCCACGGGACAGAAAGAAGCAUUUUGCCAGCCUUUUGCGCUUAAAUCCGAACCUACGAACCUUGUCCAUUUCUGGCUAUUUCGAUGCAAAAUACCUACAGAACGCUAGUGAACAUCUACAGCAUCUGAAAGUCCAUUCGUAUAGAGAUAUCGUGAACAGCAGCAAUACCACCAUACAUUGUCCGAAUAUGAAGGAGCUCACAUUGCAAAAUAUUGCACCCGAACGAUUCCCGUUGACCUUUGACCAACUCACUGAACUCAUAAUCACACCAAUUGCUAACAACUACAACUAUGUUGAUCUAAUCAUCAGCAAGCAAAUGUCACUGUCCAAACUCACCUACUGGGGAUCGAAACUUGGCGAACAGGGCUCUUUAUUGAAGAUCGCAUCAACAUCGUUAAUUGAAGUCAACUUGUUUUAUUGUCGCUUCCAGAUUGAUGAAGUGGUCACCUUCAUGGACAAAUGCACAGCGCUGACGAAGUUCACACUUGGGUUCGACAACGAAAAUGAUCACCGGGUUGUGUUGAGUCAAUCGAGUGGCCCAUGGCGAAGAACCAGCAUGAAACGCCUUAACGGUGUUAUGAUUGUCACAAUGGAACGUUAAAUCGACCCUAUGAAAUCUCCAGUAGAUCUCAUUAGUGAAGAGACUCAAUCUUAAAUUCGUUCAAAAUAAACUGAUGUCGAAAAAUAGCUAUAAGAAAACAAACUGAGUUGUUGUCUAAGCAAAAAAAAAUGUCAAGAAACAUACAAAUCCAUGAAAUAAAUGUUCGAAUCCGUUGAGAAAAA